GGUACCUUAACUUUUGAUAGGGGAUUUCGAUGGCCCAUGAGUUGAACAGGGCGGUUGCCAUCGAGAACAACCAUUUAUCGCUCAAACGCAUCCAAGAUAUGGAUACAUGAACGAGGCCAGUAAAAAGAACAAUUCGUGCGAAAAAGGACAUUGCUCUUUUUCGGAAACGCUAUUUUGUAUAUUGGGUGGCACAUGUUAAAGAGCGAUUCCGUUCCCGAUGUUCUUGUCACAUUGGAUACAUCGGACCCGGUCGAUAGCGCACUCCUUACAAUUCCUCCUAACCUGGCGAACCGUGUCCGUUGGGCAAAGGGUCAGAGCUUGGAUGAGAACACAUGGCGAUUGGUGCCCAAAAUCUAUACCACUCCAACUGUUCUGACUGCUUCUGGAGUUCAGCUGUCUCUAGACUCUCCAGCUUCCGAGCUCCUUACGAUCUGCGUGACGUUCGUUUCCCCCAAUUCCCAUUCUCAAGGCCUUGCGUUAGCUGCGCUGGUUGGUCUUAGUCGGGCUGCUCUUCUCUCCAGUAGUCUUUGGGGUUCAAGCUCAUUCGAUUUGGACCGCUCCUUGACGCUUGUUCCACUGGAACUUGGAUCGCUGGCUCAAUCAAAUCCGCCCUACUUACUCUCCAGUCCCGUUCUCGUCUCCGAACCCUUGAUGCACUCAGCUUUUUCUUCACCCUCGACCUUCUCCAUGCUCGUGACGACAUUCAGCGGCCGACUGUACAAAGUCCCCCUACCCCUGGGCCGUGAUACCUCGACUCCUGAUGUUUUAUGGAAUUUUACAGGGCAAUCUUCUGUCUCCCUAUCGUGCGUUCCAGUGGACUGCCCUCCGAAAUCCUCCUCAGCAUCCACGUCUUCUAAUUUCCUCUCCGAAUCUCGUCUGUGCUGUCUGCUGUUGGACGACUCCUCUCACCUUCGACUGAUUGACAUAAGCCCCCUAGACAAGCGUGCCAAACACCCAUCAGCCCGUCUGCGUUGGGAAUAUUCCCCGGAGCCUGGCACUGCACCGGUCGAUUCGCUCAGUCAAUUGGGCCACUCAACGCUGGUUCCCAUCGAUUGUGACAACCGACCUCACGUCACAUGUCACUUAUGGGUAGUGUACCCGACCACAGACGGUUCGGUACAUGCAGUGGACUUCAAUACUGGGACACCGGUCGAUGGUUAUCCAGUUAAGUUGUUCGUUCCUGAAAAACCGGAUUCUGGUAAUGCUUUCUCAAUGGGGUUGCGCACAUUCGCGUCUGGUCCGGGUCUUCUGUAUACCGCUCCCGAUUCCUCAUUGUGGAUGUUAUUUGCGGACACUCUCGGGUGGUUUUAUCACGUUCAGAUGCGAACCAACCCAAUUGUGUUAACCUCCGGCAAAUGUUUGUUUGGAUGUGAGAACAAACCAGACAGACGCGUUUAUCCCGUUAACACUUGGAUCACCCCCGUCCCAAUUGUCCACAAAUCCCCUUGGUCUCCGUUGCAAGGUCAGAUGGCUUUCCUGGUGACCAACACAAGUGGGCUGGGGCUGCUAACCGUAGACCGUUCGUUGGACCCUUUCACCCUCGGGCAGCCCUCUAGUCAUGGAUCAUACAAUUUCCACACUUUCGACGCCGUCUUCUUGGAUAACCGUGGCCAACCUGUCGAUGUCAUCCACAUGGAUCCCAAUCAGCAGUCUGUUCGAUACGCAUUGCGUAAUUGCCUAAGUUGGUCCAUUGCUUCAGGUCAACUUGACUACGCGGUUCGGCUGGUCGAUUCUUCAGGACUUCCCAUCUCUGACUGGUCCACACAUUCCGCACAUUCUUCUUCCAUUCAAUAUGCUCCAGACGGCAACUCAUACUGUCUUGGGACGUUAGCACUUAAUCGCCCGCAGAUGGAACUGAGAACUGUUCUCGAACCUCUGUUUCCGUCAGACGACACAGUUGGUGUAGGUUGGAAACAUUUCUGCCUUUUACUCAGCCACGGAGACUGCACCCACGAAGCAUUGCUAUGUGAGUUGCUUCGCUAUGUUCUUGGCACCCACAUCACUCGGCAUCUUGGCGUAUCCACUAACGAUUGUCAGCGUGAUGAAGCAUCCAGUUUUCACAAAUACGUUUUCAUUGCACUACAAUAUCCCGUUAAGUGGUACCAGCGAGUCGUGGAUCCGUUUCUGCGUCAAUCCGAUGAGAAGAUGGGAUGGAAGAUGAUAAAUGUUGCGGAUUUUAUGCGACAGGAGUACACAAAGACGUCGAUUGGCGAUUCUGCCACUUCUGAUUUAUCAGGCCCGAUGUCGGAUUCGUUCGGUGAUCGUGUUCUGGAAUACAUAAACACGCAAGUGAAUGAGUUUCUUGACGCAGUCCCUGCUACCACUUCAACGAUCGUAGUUGACAAUCUAAUUUGUUUGCUAGACCUUGGCCUCACUACACGCCAGUUGGAUCGUCUUCUGGUCAAGUGGAAUCGCGCUACAGAUGGACACACUCGUCUCAUUGUCGGGUGCCAUGUCGGACAGAUGUUCGAUGAUGUGGCUGCCUCAGAAACGGAACCAACCUUCGUGCAUUUCAUCCAUAUGUGCCGAGCCAGGGCAUCUAUUUUGCUGGAACUGAGGCCCUUGAGCACGGGUUACUCUCAGACGCUGGACGGCAAGCUGUCCGUGACCCAACGACACUCAACGACAAACCGAACUUCACCCCAUGUACAGAAAUCGUGUGAAUCAGUCAGGACUUUUCAUUACUAUCACGACGGGUCUCGGGCGAUAUGCUAUCCGCCGGGCACGUCAAAGCUUGUCACUUGAAUACUUGCAUACUCCUGCAGAAAAUCGAACCGGAUUCAUACCGAAGCCAGACUUUCAUAUUUUCCACUUUUGUAUCGAUAGAUGUAUGUUUUGUUUCAAUCUGCCCAUGUUUGAUUGUGGGUGAGUGUACAUUGGUUGUGUUGAACUUGUCGGAAAUGUCAAUCCCUCAGAGGAA